UUGUGCUAUCGGAUUCGUACUAGUGACGACUACAAAAAUAAGUUUAAUCAUUUUCAAUUUUCUGAUGGAAAACAAAAACAAUUGUGUAAAUAUUUAUUUUAAAUCGUUUGCCGACAAUUGAUAAGGAAAUAAAUCUACACGUUUGAGGCGAGAGAGUUCGUCUAUAUUGACAGUUUCUUGGUAUCCCAGAUCUGCUAACUGGUAAAGAGAAGGAGAAAAGAGCGAUAACGGGGGCAAUGUCCGGCGAAAAUAAUGAAUAUACAAAAGAAAUUGCAGCCUCCAGCAUACGUUCUGGUUUGGCUGAACUAGAAUUGAAAACGUCACAGGUAUUGCAACGUUUGGAGAAUGUUAAGGCCGUACCCGUUGAAACCCCACCCGAUGGGGCACCGUCAGAGGCAUUGGAGAAUCUAACGUUGGAAGAACGUACUGCCGCCCAACAACAACAGCAACAAAACUCUGCCAAUAGCACCACUACACCCACUCGUGUUGCCCAGCAGUUACAUGGCAUACGCAAGCCUCCCUCAGAAAUUCUCAAAUCAUUGGAACUUCUUAUCUCGUAUUCUGAUUCCGAUGAAGAUCCUGAAUUCCCCCUACCCGCUUUAGAUGAUGUCUCACACCUGGCAUUGAUUUCUCACAGCAUUGUGGCCUACUUGUCACAUUUGGAUGCCAAACAGUUGGUACGUGUUACCCGAAGUAUUGCUGGCGAUACAACCCAUUGGCUGGGAACGUUGUUUCGUUUUAUGGAUCCAUCUAGCAGCUUUCAUAAUGACAAUGCCGAUGCUAUAUUACGUGUGGUACGUUUAGCCAUUGUGGCCCGAUGUCCAGGCUAUUUGGAGGGUGGUAUACCGGCAUUGGCCCAUCCCUGCUUGUAUAUAUCGGAAAAUACAACACCAAUGCGUUUGCAAUAUGCGUGUCGUCAAUUGGGUAUACCCUUGGAUGCAAUCCGCCUAAUACCCGGCAAUACAACAUUUGGUACAAUGGAUUUAUCCGUACUCCAGAGACAAAUACAAAUUGAUCUACAAUCAAAUCGUACCCCCUUGUUGGUCAUUGCCGAUGUGGGCGCCUCCUUGUGUGGUUAUGUGGAUAAUAUUAUGCGCAUGCAUGAGAUUUGUAAGGCAAACAAUCUUUGGCUACAUGCCACAGGUCAUGGCCUGGCGGCAUUGGUUUGUUCUCAAGGUCCGGGGGUGAUAAGUUCAUUGGUUGAUUCAAUAACUUUGUCCCUGGGCAGUUGGUUGGGUAUACCCAGUUUACCCAUUGUGCUAUUGCAUCGCCAGCUUAAUAACUCAGCUCUGAAUGCCUUUGAUCAGGAUCCCAUAUUGUCAAGGCGCCUCAACUCUUUGGCCUUGUGGACAAGUUUACAGGCCUUGGGUCGUGAUGCCAUUGCUGAACGUAUACAUGUAGCCUUUCAAACUUGUAGUAUUCUCUUCGAAAUGGUAUCCGAAUGUGAGGGCAUUAAAGUUGUGAGCCGUCCACCAGGAGCUCAAUCUGGAAAAACAUUAUCCGAUGUAAUAAACAAACCUUUAGAUGUGAAUUUGCUCUUCGAAACAGCAGCUCCUGUUGUGGUGUUUCAAUUCGAUGGAAGUGUUACGGUGACAGCUAGCUCUCCUUCUGACAACAAUACAAGUCAUGGUUCGGAUGAGAUCAAACCCUUAGAGAAAGUCAGUAAUCCCUCAUAUUUUGACCGUUUAAAUUCCUGGCUGGGUCAAAUUCUGCAAAGGGAUUGUCCAAACUUCGAUUUUGAAAUAAUUGAGCAUGCCACACAUGGUACAUGCAUACGUUAUUGUCCACUUGAGCUGAGCCUAGGGGAACAACCGCCUACAGCGAAAAAUCUCGAGAGUUUAGCCCAAAGUUUGGAGACACAUGUGGAUAUCUUGAGGGCCACCAUAAAGCACAAAGCCACAUUUAUGUAUUUGGUUGAGAAAAGUGAUGUUUUACGUUUUGUCAAUCUACCCGAUUGGGCUGGUAUGGGUGGUGUGCGAUUUGUUCCCGAUGGCUGGGAGUCACUGUUAACGGAUCAAGCCAAAACUGAGCUAAACAAAUUAAAUGCUGAUUUGGUGGAAUCUUUGAAGGCAACUGAUAAUGCAUUCUCUUUGGGUGAAGGUCCAGAUGGUCUCAUAUGUGUACGUUUUGGUAUGGUGACCCAUGAAACCGAUGUUGAUGAAUUACUCGAUUUGGUGGUAUCGGUGGGCAGAAAUGUCCAGGAAAAUUCAAGGGUAUUGGAUACGAUGUCGGAAAUUGUUAAGAGGGGCAUUGAGGCAGCCACUGCUGAUUUGCAAAGAGAAAGUGAAGAAAAGCUAUGGCAGGAGGGUAUAUUGCGUCAUGUUCCCGUUGUGGGCAGGGUAUUUAACUGGUGGUCCCCUCCACCCAAGGAAACGGGCAUUAAGGGACGUAGCCUGAAUUUGACCCAGGGUGUGGUCGAAUCAACGGAGAACAUUUACAAAUACCACAUGCAAAUCUCCGCCACGCAUAAUCAACUGCCGGCAAACAAGUCACCACCCACACCAAUGGUACAGACACCACUUAUAGAUCCAGCCGAUAAAGUGCCUCCAGUAUUUCCUACUUCUUCAAAUAAUUCACCGACUUCACAAAAGUCCCAAAGUGGUGAUGAGGCCUCAAAUUCACCAACGAAAACAGCUACAGCUGCCGCCGCAACAACUGGCAACGCUGAUCCAGGACAUAAUCGCAAUGUUAGUCAAAGUAGUGCUGCUUCUUCGGUACCCGAGUUGGUGGCAAUAAAUAAUAGUGCAAUUAAUGGUAGUGAAACAACCGUAACAACAACAACAACUAAUGAAAAUAGCAAAUCAUAAAAUCACCCCCCCCCCCCCCUCAAUUCAAAAAAUAUUUAGAUAUUGAGACUCUCUUUACUUUAACAACUAUCUAUGGUUUUCCGUUUGCGCUUGACACCUUCUUCGACUACUUUGUAACUCUUUUUACCAAUGCCACAAUGCACCUCCCCAUACACAACCCACACCACAGUCAUAUACAAAACUUAUGCUUCCCUGACUUUCAAUGCAUCAAGCUUUACAGUAAAUCCACACUGAAAAAAGUGAAAGAAACAUAAAUGUAUGGUCAUUUAUUAUGGAGGUCCUCUCGGGAUAAUUUUAAUAAUACUAGAAAAAAUACAAUUCACGUAGUUCAUUUUUAAUGGAGCUGUUGGACCAUAAAGGCCAUCAUGGGCAAUUACAAUAUACACUAAACAAAAUACCAAUAUUUAUAUAAACAAAACAAAAAAAAAAAAAACAA